AUGUCCAAGCAGUACCUCACCACCCAUACGGUGGACAAUGCCCACACCACCGACAUAUUCACCCUAGCGGCAACACCCACUGUCCUCUUCUCUGCCAGCGGUUCCUCCACGAUCAACGUUCACCGAAUCAACGACGCCUCGGGGACCUUCCCCAUCUCCCAGUCCCUAUCGGCACACAAGCUCGGCUGCCACCAUGUCGCAACCGCCCCCCGCGGCUCAAAUGGCACUGUAGCUGCGUCCGUCGGCUUUGGCGGCGACAUCAAAAUAUGGCGGUCAAACCCUGACAGCGGCGACUUCUCGCUCGACUACGAAAUCACGCCAUCCGAGGCGAAGACCAAGGGUGUCGGUGAUUCUUGGGCUGUUGCACUCAGCUCUGACGAGAACUACAUGGCGUGCACAACCCACGAUGGAAAGAUACACGUGUGGGACCUGCGGUCCAAGAGCGUCGUGCAGACCUAUGAGACGGGAGGCAGCGGGAACGGCAGCUUUGGUCUGUCCGUGGACUUGAGCGCUGACGGGCACCUCACGGCGAGUGGGCACCAGAAUGGAUCGGUCUACGUGUUCAACAACGACGCGGGACAUCUGAAAUACUCGCUUUCUGGUCUCGCAAAGCCCGUGAGAGCGGUCGCCUUCUCGCCUGGAAACACUCGUCUCGCGGCGGCAGGCGAUGCAGGCAUCAUCGCCAUCUACGACGUCACGACCGGAGAGCACGUGGGCAUCCUGAACAGCGGCGGCUCGUCAUCGGCGUGGAUCACCUCCCUGGACUGGUCGGACACGGGCGAGUAUCUGCUCUCCGGAUCUACGGACGGCAAGGUCAAGGUGUGGUCGAUAGAUCGCGGUGCUUGUGUAGCGACGCACAGCGAGACGGACAAGAUUCUGUGGAGCGUGCGAUGGUUGCCAAAGGCGGCGGCCCAUCGUGGAGAGAUGUUCUGCACAGCGGGUGCGAACCGGAGCCUGACGUUCUACCGUGAGGGUGGCAAGGUCUGA